CUCGCGGCGCUGCUCGAGCCGCCGCGGCCCGCCGCCGUGCGCCGCGCCGUCGACGAGCUCGCGACGCUCGGCGCGCUGGAGACGUCCGAGGGCCGCGAGGACCUUACAGCGCUCGGCGCGCAUCUCAGUUUGCUGCCGACGGACGCGCGCAUCGGCAAGUUCAUACUGUUGGGCGCCAUCUUCGGCGCGGUCGACGAGACGCUGACCAUCGCGUCCGUGCUCACGUCGCGGUCGCCCUUCGUGGCGCCCUUCGCGCUGCGCGACGAGGCCGACGCCGCGAAGCGGUCCAUGGCCGGCGCGACGCAGAGCGACCAUCUGGCCGCGCUCCGCGCGUACGCGGAGUUCGACGGCAUCAAAGGCAACGGGAAAUACGACUUCGCGCGCCAAAACUUCCUCGGCAUCAAGUCGCUCCAGCAGAUCGCGGCGCUGAAGCGGCAGUUCCUCGAGCUGCUCUCGGACGCGGGCUUCGCGCCGCGCGGGUUGCGCGCGCGUCGGCCGGAGCGCGCGCCGGACACGCUCCUCAAGGCGCUGCUUUGCGCCGCGCUCUACCCGCAGGUGGCGCUCGUCGAGACGAAGGAGUCGUCGUCCAAGGGCAAGGGCAAGGGCGGCGGCGGGUCCAAGCUAAAGAUCCGCGACGAGGACGGCGCCGAGAUGGCCGUCGCCCUGCACCCGUCGUCCGUCAACGCGAGGCUCUCGCGCUUCGAGUCGCCCUACGUCGUCUUCGCCGAGAAGCUCAAGACGGCCCAGGUCUACCUCCGGGACACGACGCCCGUGUCGCCCUACGCGCUGAUGCUCUUCGGCGGCCGCCUCCGGGGCAAGGGCGCCGGCGGGGCCCGCGUGCUCUCCGUGGACGACUGGAUCCAGUUCCGCGUCCCCGGCGGCGUCGAGAAGCUCGUCACGGGCAUCCGCGUCCAGCUCGACUCGCUCCUCACGCAGAAAAUCGAGAACCCGGACCUGGAGCUGUCCGCCGCGGGGAAGGGCGUGCUCGAGGCCGUCGUCGCGCUCCUC